AUGAACCAGAGUGAAUCUUCUUCCGUUUUAUGUUUCCGACCAAGUAAUCACGAUACGAUGAUGAGAAAUAUUUCAAAUGAUAAUGAUGAAAAAUUAUCAAACUCUCAACAUCAUCCUACAACGAUAAUCGAUAAUUGCGCAUCGAUACUACCACAGCAGAAGAAGAAGAAUAAUGUUCCAACAACAACAACAAUAUCUGAUAAUCAAGCCAAUUCUCCCGCCAAUAAUACAAUCUUCAUUACUACCACCACAUCUACCUCAACUACCACUACUACUAACAAUAAUGAAUCAGUCGACAACAACAACAAACAUUGUCCAGAUGAUAAACAACUUCAUCAUCAACAAGAUAAUGGAUGUACAAGCAACCAUCUUCAUGAACAAGACAUGUCGAUGAAGACUUUACAGGCGGUUUUUACUAAAAAAGACAAGACACGCACAACCUCCACCAAACAUGUUGUUCUUAUUGCAAGCAAAGACCAGGAAGAAGAGCAACAUUCUGAAGAAGAACCUCAUGAAGAUGCAUCAUCCCAUCAUACAAUAAUUCAUCACUCUAAUAACAAGAAGCAGCAACAACAACAACUUCAUACAAUAACAUUCGCACAACAUGAUGAUGAUCAACAACAUAAUCAUGCUCAUACAAAAACAAGCCUUUCAAAAGGAAUAACAACACCUUUAACGAGUACCAAUAAUACAACAACAUCAAUGAUGAUGGCUGGGAAUUAUCAUCAACAUGUUGAUGCGAAGGAUCAAUCCAUAAUAAUUUCUGAUGAUGAUAAUGAUGUUGUUGAACAAGAGGGAGAUGUAGAAACAUUUGAUGAUGAAUCGUCAUUGGGUGCCUCUUUCAGACACAAAAUUGAGAAUAGUAAUGGAACUCAUUCUACAUCCUUCUCAUUCCAUGAUGAAUUGAGUUUAAUUGAGGUGAGUUCUCCAACAGAUAUGACCACUCAAUCUACACCAAGUUUUGAUUCGUCCACAUCGAAUCAAUCUGCUUUGAGUAGUAGUUUACUAGCAACCAGUUGUGUCAUUACAAAACUUGAUGAUGAUACGAUUGGUGUGAUACUUUCGUAUUGUUCCAUACCUGAAUUUGAGAAUUUAACAUGCACCUGUAGAUCGUUCUAUAACAAAUUUCACUUGAGUUAUAUCUAUAGACAAGUUUUCAAAAAGUUGAAUUCCAAGAAUUCGAAUAAGAAAUCGAGUAGACAUUACAAAUCUAAUCAUUUACAGAUAACACCCUAUCUGAGAGAGGUAUUGAGGAAUAGAUAUCAUCCUACCAUAUUUGUGCCCAUUCGUUGCAUGCAAUUCAAUGCCUAUACACGUUUUAAGGAUGCAAUCAUAGACUUUUGGGUGAAAGAAUUUGGUUUUAAAAGAUUAAAUGAUGCAGAGGUUGAGAUUGAUAUUGAUUUUUCAAAGAGCAAUCCAUGGAUUGAUCAUUUGGAAAAGAUUGUUAUCAGAAAUAGACAAGAUCAACAGUCAGAGAGUACCAUUCCAAGAACUAUUAGUCAAUUAGAAAUUUUGAAAAAGGAUCAAGCAUUCCUAAAGCCAAUACUAAACGAGAGAAAGAAUAGUAGUAGGACUCUAUCACCAUUUGGGUCUUCAAAACAACAAAAUUCUGAUAUGCCAACAACGAGCAAUGUCUUGUCAGACUUGCUCAAAACCAUUAUAGAGCUGAGACAAUCUGGAAGUGUGCUGAGACAGCAGACAGUCUCUAACAAGUUUACUGAUCCAAAUGAAUUGGACAUUUCCGAUUCGCAAAGAGUUGCUCUCAAUGGUGCUAAAUCUCUAAUUGUUGCUAAUCAUUGGAGAGUAUUCGACAAGUUUACACUUCACAUUGAUUUUCAAUUUCCAUCUCACGAAAGACACUUUAGUUUUGUAGAAAUGCCAGAGAUUACAAUGUACUAUCACAAUUUCAGAUCUGCUGAUGGUAAUCCUAGAAAGGAUCUCAUUGAAGUCUCAUCUGGAUCCAUCUUUAAAGAUGGUGUUGAUGGCAAGGUAUUCGAGUUUGAUUCUCUUGGAGAGACAGGCAUGGGUGGUACAUCUCCUAUGAAUACUUCCUAUCAGCCUGUUCCUUCCCCUUCUAACAGUAUGUCAGCAACAGUUGGUGACUUUAAAAAGCCACCAAAAUUCACUCCAGUCAAUGGCAACUCACCCUAUCCAUCCAUUUCACACGGCACUAAUCCAUUCACUUCGAUCACACAACCACCAAAGAAAAAGUCACGAUUUUUCAAGAAGAGUAGUCAAGCAACAGCUGUUGUGGGAAAGGUUUUGCUCUAUUUUAUUUUACACGACUUUUGCCCUCGUUAUUUCUCAGACUACUUUUCUCCAAAGCUUGCUUCUCUAGAGUCCAAGGCACAACAAACCAAAUUGCAAUACUUGAUGAAGUAUUAUGAAAAGGAAGAUCCAAAUGUUGUGAUUGACUAUUUGACGAUUAAUAGAAAUCAAUUGAAACAAUAUAGAAAUAAGAUGAUUAGAAAACACACCACCAGGGAGGCCAGAAGGCACAUGGUGAAAGAUAAUUGCAUGUCAAUGGUGAGAAAUUUUGCCAAACUUGUUCCCUUCAUUAAUUAUGAUCAAAUGACCAAUGAGCAAAAGACCUACCUCCUCAAGACAAUGGUUUUCAAUCAUGUGAAUCCACAGGAUUUCCUUUCUAUGAGUGAUCAGCUCUUUAUGAGUAGUUCCUUCUUUGGAGAGUUGAGAUUCAAUCCAACUAUUAACUCACCUUUCCAAAUUAAUAUCAUGCCAAGAAAAUGUCAAACCAGAGAUGAACCAAGGCCAGUAUGGGACUAUAUGAUCAAUGAUCAAGAGAGUGAUAAUGCCUCUCAUUCAUCACUGAUGAGUACUGCAGAUGAAAUUGAAUAUGAUUCAUUUCAAAUUUACUUUGAUACAAUGUAUACAGAUACGAGCUCUUCUGCCUUUUCAAUUACAGGUCUGGACAUGCCAGCAAUCAAUUCAGAAAAGAUUGUUGUUCAGAGACACAUUUUGGAAAUUCCAACUAAAUUCAUGAUGAGAUGUGUAACUUAUCAUACCCCUAAGAAUAAUGCGAAAAAUGAUUUGGCAACUACAAGCACUUCCUCUCGUUCUAUUUCAUCAAUGUUUAAAGCAUUUUGUGGAGUGUUUUGUUGUGGAGGUGAUAAAAUGUCAGGUCAAUAA